AUGUAGAAAGUAUCGUUAGAAGCAGUAAUGCAAUCUGCCAGCACGGUUUCUCCGCCUCGGUGGAUGGUGCUGGCGGAAGGCGCUGACAGUUUGCCCAAAGCCCGCAGCGUGUUUGUAAUGUUGCGAGCCAGCGCUGUCCUGCAGCAAUGGAGGCACCGUGGUAUUUAGAGAUCGUCUCGUAUACUGUAGACUGCCUGCUGUCCUUCCUCACGGAGUUUGGUCAAGACUGGGCCGCCAAUGAUACGAGAGUGUCGAUCUUCAAAAUCCUGCUGGGCUGGCUGCUGAUCAGUCUGGUGUCCAUUCACUUUGCUUGGAAAGUGUACGGGACAACUGUCAACGACAUGUACUACCGGCAAGGCACUGGUGGCCAGAAUGGAGGCACCCCAGAGACAGCACCAAACUUCAACGGCUGGGAGAGUUCUGCUGGGGACGGCUCCAAACCACGGCGGGAGUGAGGACCUUGCUGUGACCUGCCGCGCCUGUGUGGCCAAUCAGAUUGUAGAGCCUUGCAUCUCAACCAGUCACAUCUGGAGGAGGGUUGUUCAGAGACGUGUGGCCCGCCCCCUUGGCUCGUAGAUGUAGCACUUUGUAUUUUGUGUUUUUUUUAAAACAGCACAGGUUUAACCUAGGGCACCAGGGGAAGCAGUGAAUCCCAAGCCUUCCUGCCCUAACUAACGGGGUAUUUAUUGUAUACAGGCUAAUUCUCUGACAGACUGGGGGCUCAGUUGAAUUCUGCUUGCAGCCUCUGGCUUCGCGUCUCCCUCAAUGUCUGCAUCAGCUCUUCAUUGCAAUGUAUUCACUUUUGCACGGCUGAGAAUUGGUUUUGCAUUUAUUUUGAUCCCUAACUGAUAUUCGUAGGAACCCGUUAAGUACCAAAUUAAAUGCUCUUUGGAGAAAUCCUAUCAUAACAAUUUAGCUAAAGAGAACAUUUAAAUAACUGGUAGGUGACACUUCAAAAUGCUCCCAAAAAUUACAAACUAGCCUCAACUGAGGAUGGUGGCACUUAAUGGGAGACUGUUCCUAGUGAUAUCAGUGAAAAUUGUGCAUGUGUAUAAUUUACUGUAUAUCACAUUGUAAAUUGUAAUCAGGAUGCAAAGAGAAACAUUCAGAGCUGUCUCAGCACUGGAAAGACACUUUCCCCAGUUUGUAACGAUGUCAAAUCAUGCACUGCACGUGAAGUACCUGUUCUCUGCAAGGGGAGAGCGUUUGUCCAAGCUUGAAUUAAUAGGCAGCUUCUGAAGAUUGAACUCCUGGGAACCUUGGUUAUUUCCAUCAGCAAUGCUUUACAUUCAAUUCAGGUGUCAACGGAGUGCUACCCAGCGUUUCGAAAUCACAUUUCUCUGAGUUAGCUUUCUAACAUUGCUUUACUCUGGCUAACAGAUGACUCCAUGUGCACUAGGACAGUUUGAGACAGUUCAGGCUUUUCCACUCGCAUCGCAGUGCAUUCUGGUCCUUUUGACCUGUCUCAGGUACCUUUCACAGCAGGACAUCACUUACCAGCAUGCAUUGGGAACAGUCUGACCUGUCCCAAACGGUCCUAGUGUGCAUGGAGUCACCUGGUGACCCAAGUCUUUGAGAUAUCUGCGUAUUCCAAGCCAAAGCCACUGAGAAUGAAAAGAGCUGCAGCUGAACUCAUCGCACUCGGGCUGAUCAGCGGUACGGAAACCACAUGGAUUUUAAACGCGAGGUUAAGCUCUCUUUCUUUCCGGAUUGUCUUUGCUUUUUAAACCAGGGUAACCCCGCAGUUAUUUAGACUUGUGCACUUUUAAUCUUGUUGCUUGUUUUCUGAUCCUGUGUUCAGUGCUCUCCAGACGGUGGUCACUCUGGUCCCAGAUGGUACCUCUCCGUCCCACACUGGCUCACACAGGGCAGGCACGGUGCUGUUCUUCAUCUGUGAGCCAGGGUGCAGACCCACACUCUCACACCACGGCCCUGUGCUUUCACCACUGAGGGCCGUAGUCUGUGGAAGGUGCCAGCCUUAGUAGAGCUGCAAGGUAGUAAUGGCUUUCUAUCUCAGCACUUUCAAUCGUGGGGUUUGGAAGCUCUACUAAUGUUAGCGGCUCCAAUCAGUCAAUCAAUCCAAACCUUUAUCUAAUCAGAACAAUUUCUCUUUAACACUGAUGACCUGGCAAGAGGCUCACGCCACAGCAGCAAUCAACAUCAAACCCAAUAAAUGAGGAGUACAAAAACAAAGUACAGCUCCAUGCCACUUCUGCCUUGCUGCUCAAAGAGGGGCACUGUACUGAAGAGUCUCCGACUUGCACAUUCCCUGGAAUUUGUCCCAGAGAAAGAGGCCAUGGCCGGAGAGAGCGCUGGAUAGAAGCUGACGGGAUGAUUUUCUUGACUUGACUAAUAGAGGGCGCUAGUUCAUUAAUUUAAUUGAAGACAGUAGGGCUCCCUGGUGGGUCAAGGGGGCUUUCAGUUAAUUUUUGUUUUUUUGAAUGAUUAUUAUUUAAUAAAAAAUAUUUUUUGAGACACUAGUUCUAGUUCCCUAGUCCUCCCUAUUUUGUCAGUAGAUUUUUAGCACUUCAGUUCUGUUGCUAAGCACAUUUAUUAGCUGCAGUAUAUCUCUCUUGUGUUAUUUUUAUUUCGACUCUGCAUUGACACUGAGUGACGUGUCUGGAAUUGAGGAAGCUUCAGACUUGCAGGUGUUUCUCGAGCUACACUGUUAGAUCGGGGGGGUAUCAAGCUGGUGUAAUGUCUGGUAAAAGUCCUGUCUGUCACUUAUAUCAACACUAAAUAAUUCUGUACACUUCUCAACCUGAUAUGGUGUUCCAAGAACUGGAAUGGAAACUCUGAAUUGACAAGUUUGAUCUGCUCUUUAAAAACACGUUUUAAAAAAGUGGGGUGUUUACUGAGCCGUUUGCCUUGUGCUCUGUGUUCCCAGAGCAAAGCUGGCAGACAGCUGUGCAAACAGACUGGCGGUUUGCAGUCGUGGCCGCUGGUGCUCAGUUCUGCGUGCGUGC